AUAUGGAGGCUAUGGAUAUUCAAGCUGUAGAAUCUAAAUUGAGUGACGUGACAGUAACGGCGAUACCUAUGAGUGGCAAAAACAGUCACAAAGACAUAACAUUAGGUGGUAACAGUCAUGCAACAAUAUCCACAGUGCCAGCUUCAUCACCUUCUUCAAUUGGAAAAGAUAAAGAUAAUGGUAUGUCUAAAAUGGCGAUUUCAUGGAAUACUAAAUGGAAGUGGCAUACGGGGUACAGCGCCGAUUCUGUUGAAUGGUGCCCUGUGGAACGCUUCAAACAUGUGCUGGUCUGCGGAACUUAUCAAUUGGAGAAAAAAGAUGAAGAUGCAAAUGCUGCUGAUCGGUCUAAGCAAAAGCGACUGGGAAGAAUAUACCUUUUCUCUAUUGAUGAAGACACAACAAAUUUAUCUCCCAUACAAGAGGUAGACACAGCUGGUAUUCUUGAUCAGAAAUGGUGCUAUCAUACGAUACAAGACUAUCCGGUUCUAGCAGUUGUGACAUCAGAAGGAAUAAUCCAACUUUAUCGACUGGUAGAAAGAAACGGUACACUUAACUUACAGUUGUGGAUAGAAAACACAAUUAGUGGAGAGGUGUUAGCACUUUCUGUUGAUUGGUCGUCAAAUAAGUCAUUUACGCAGGAACCCAAUCUGGUUAUAAGUGACACGUCGGGUACCGUUACGGUUUUGCAGAUAGUCGGCGACUGUUUACAGAAGAUCGGUCAAUGGAAAUCACAUUCAUUUGAAGCCUGGAUAGCAGCAUAUAACUAUUGGAACACGGAUUUGUUUUAUUCAGGUGGUGAUGAUUGUUUGUUUAAAAGUUAUGAUAUUAGAAUGCCAGAAACAGUCGUAACCAACCGCAGCCAUGAAGCAGGAGUUACUAGCAUUAGAAAUAAUAUAGAAGUUGAACAUCAGCUCAUAACUGGCAGUUACGACGAAAAGGUUCGCCUCUGGGAUGUAAGGCAACUUAAACGCUGCAUCAGCGACACGGAUGUAAACGGUGGUGUUUGGCGUUUGAAAUGGCAUCCAUUUGACAGAAGCGUAAUUUUAGCGGCUUGCAUGUAUGGAGGUUUUCGCAUUCUCCGGGUUGAGGAAAAUGUUAGCGUGAUUUCCGAUUAUUUGGAACACGAGAGCAUAUCGUAUGGAGCUGACUGGAAAUUUGAUAAUAGAUUGUCUUUAAUUGCAACAUGCUCUUUUUAUGAUUGCAAUUUACAUAUAAGUGAAUUGAAGGUAAAAAAUCAUCCUUCAAUAUAAUAUGUAAUCUGUGGAUUUUCUAAAAAAACUGUACUUAAUGUUUAUUUAAUUGAAUGUUUUGAUUUUACAUAAUAAAAAACUGUAGGAUGCAAAAGCAAAAUUUUAUUGAAAUGAAAGUUAUUAUUUUCAUUUUAAACAUGUUGUAUUUCAAUUUGCUUAUAAUGUCAUGAUAAAUAUAUUUUAUAACAAUUACAUACUUAAUAAAGUCAUUAUUCAUCUGCCAUAUGUGAUAGUCUUACACAAUUUACAAUAUGAAGGCUUUGGGAUGUUAUCUGUUACGCUUUAUUAAAUGUCAGAAUAUUUAUUUUUAAAAACUCUAAACUGGCCUGGUUCUUCUACUAUAAAUUUGUACCUUAAUAUUAUCUAAAUACAGUCUAUUUUCUAUUCAUUGGAAUUAAGUUUAA